AUGAAGAACACGUUGGCCUGCUGGGCGGGCAACGACUUCACGUGCAUCGGAUUCGAGCGGGUCACCUCGAUGGCCGUCGACAAGCAGAACAAGACCAUCUGCACAUUUGCAAAAUGCCCUGCCCAAGGCGCUAUCCCGUGCAACACCGACUGCCGCACCGUCAGCGAGGUCAAGAAGGUGCUGCCGGACGGGAAAUGUGAAUUUCGUCCUCAGAAGUGGAAGGUGGUGUUCGUCGCGUUUGCGUUCAUCGGCGGGGCGGCGCUGAUCGUCAUGUCGGCUUUCUUCUUCCGCGCCUACGCCAAGGCACGCGCCAAGGCAAACGACGAGGAAAAUCCGUCGAGCCGCUCGUCGAAACGCCAGCAUGGCGACAACGGCGAGAAGCGCCCAUUCCUGGCUUCGAAGAGCUCGCGGAUGUUCAGCUCCGGUGCUCAAGAAGAA